AUGAUGCCGAGAGCCGGAGGGGCAGCCGCCGCGCUCGCACUGCUGCUGCUGCCGCUGCUGUGCUGCUGCCACCUGUGCCACUCGCUGCGGGUUCCACAACUCUCCUCCUUUGCAAAAGCAGAGGACAAGCUGUUCAAAUACCUAUUUGGAAACUACCAGAAAUGGGUCCGCCCAGUGGAAUACCUGAACCAGACGAUCCGCGUGAAGUUUGGACUCGCCAUCUCCCAGUUAGUUGAUGUGGAUGAGAAAAACCAGCGAAUGACGACCAACGUGUGGAUGAAACAGGAGUGGCUUGACCGGAAACUCAGAUGGAACCCUGAUGACUAUCAGGGCAUCACGACUAUCCGAAUCCCUUCUGACAGGAUCUGGCGCCCUGACAUCGUACUGUAUGAUAAUUCAGAUGGGCGUUUCGAGGGUAUUGCCACCAAGGCGGUUGUUAAGUACGAUGGAACCAUAUCGUGGACACCGCCAGCCAACUACAAGUCAGCCUGCACCAUCGAUGUCACCUUCUUUCCUUUUGACCUCCAAAACUGUUCAAUGAAGUUUGGCUCCUGGACAUACGACGGCUCGCAGGUGGACAUCAUUUUGGAGGACUUCCACGUGGACAAGCAGGACUAUUUUGACAACGGGGAAUGGGAGAUAGUGAUGGCCACAGGUAGCCGUGGCCUGAGGACGGACAGCAGCUCCACCUAUCCCACCAUCACCUACUUCUUCAUCAUCCGCAGGUUGCCUCUUUUCUACACCCUCUUCCUCAUCAUCCCCUGCAUCGGCCUGUCCUUCCUCACCAUACUUGUGUUCUACCUGCCUUCCAAUUGCGGCGAGAAGAUCGCUCUGUGCACCUCGGUCCUGGUGUCCCUCACAGUUUUCCUCCUGGUCAUCGAGGAGAUCAUCCCUUCCUCCUCGCAGUCCAUCCCUCUCAUCGGGGAGUACCUGGUCUUCACCAUGAUAUUCGUCACGCUUUCCAUCAUCAUCACCGUCUUUGCCAUCAACAUCCACCAUCGCUCCUCUUCUACGCACCACGACAUGGCACCCUGGGUGAGGAGGAUCUUCCUGCACCGACUGCCCAAGCUGCUGUGCAUGCGCAGCCACGCCGACCGCUACGCCGGGGACGGAGUCGCCCGAAUUGGUCGAGCAGCGGGACGGGGCACGACGAAGCUCUCAUCUCUGCUCUACACCAAACACAACCUAGAAUCAGCUUUGGAUUCUAUCCGCUACAUAACCAUGCACGUGGUUAAAGCCAAUGAGCUCAGAGCGGUGGUUCAAGACUGGAAAUAUGUUGCCCAAAUCCUGGAUCGGAUGUUUCUUUGGGCCUUCCUCCUGGUGUCCAUCCUGGGCUCGGCUCUCCUCUUCAUCCCCGUUAUUUACAAAUGGGCCAGCAUCAUCGUCCCUAACCACGCUGGAAGUACCCUCUAGGAACCGCAGUUCAACUAACCGCAGAGCACAUUAACGGCUCCUCGUGGGUCUUAUUUGAGUGUUGAAAGACUGAGAUACUGUGAUUACCACUCAAGAUAGAGUCUUGCUCUGCUUCUCCGCUGCAUUCGUGCCAGAGAUCAAGUUGCAGAUUUUGGCCUCGUUUGCUGAGUUUAAUCUCAAAGAGAGAUUAUUCAGUUGUUGUAUCUGUUUGUUUCAGAUGGAUUUAAAAUUCUGUAUUUCUGAGUUUAAAGAUGAAUGAAAAGAUGAAUUGAUAUAUUAUGAUACAAAAAUAUAUAUAUUCCAUGU